GUGUCGCUGUUUGAUCUCAGCAGAAUCACUUUGGGUCACACGACUCCUCCGUUUCCGGUGUGAAAGGUCAUGUUUCCCUGUUUGAAUGUGCUAACGUCAGUAGGUUGUGUUAGCCAAGUGGGGCGAGUUGGUUUUGUAUUAAAACGUUAAAAUAUUUUGGAUCGCCCACAGUUUAAGCAGCAGCGUCAGCAGACGACGGUCCCUAGAUUAAUCCACGUCGUUUACUGUUUGUUUUCCUGGUGUUAGCAUGCUAAGAGGCUAGCAGGACUGAGUUUGACCCACUUAACAGCGUCGGUUCAUUUCAUUUCUACUGUUAAUCUGACCGAAUCGGUUCUGUCCGAUUCUGACCGACUGUUGAACGUGUCUGGGGUUCGUUCGGUUCUUGUUUUUGACAGGUUAGAUCUGCUGCUGUGUGUGCAGUUUAACAGCAGGAUUAACGAAGAACACAAGCUGAUUAUUGUCGGCCUCGUUGGUGUCAGUGUUAGAGCCGACAUAUGAACCACAUAUAAAACGGUCCCAACAGGACUGGUCUUCGAGCUCCACUACUAGCACAAAACAAGACCAACCGGGACUGACUUUCCUUUUCUCUGCUUCAGGACCGAACCAGUCGAGUCUUGUGUCCAGAGUCCCUAAAGGAGGGUCGACCUGGCAACAUGGAGCCGGAGCUGCUGAUUGGGUGGCCUCAGGAGAAGGCGGAGCUUAAACAGGAAGUGUGUCGUCUGCAGGAGGAGCUGGCAGAAAGUCGAGCAGAGAGAGAGGAGCUGGAGUCUAGGAGCAGAGCUCUCCGUGACAGGCUAUUCCAAUCUGUGUCUCCCUCAAUUGCCCGUUCACUGCAAGUGGAGGGUGAGCAAAGGGAGUGGAGGAGGAGGGUGAGGGAGGGGAGGGAGAGGGAGGCAAGACAGGCUCUGCUCAUCCACCGACUGCAGAAGAAGGUGUUCGAGUACAGAGAUCGCUGCCAACAUCUGGAGCUUCAGCUGCAGGAUGAACACACACAUCUGCUGAGCACACAGCAGAGAAUCAGAGAUGAACACAGUGACACUCUGGAGAGUGCUCUUAUCAGGCUGGAGGAGGAACGACAGAGGUCAGUUAGUCUGGCUGACACAAAUGUUGUCCUCCAGGAGCAGCUCAGCCAAUCAGAGCAGGCCAACCAGGCUUUGACCUCUGACCUCCAGAAGCUGACAUCUGAUUGGACAAGAGCUGUGGAGGAGGCGGAGCAGAAAGAGAAUGAUUGGCAGAGAGAAAAGGAGUGUCGGUCAGAUCAUGUGGGUCAGCUUCAGACUCGGUUGCUGACAGUGUGGAGGUCAGUGGUGGCUCUGAGGCGACAGUGCAACACGGUGAAAAGUGCUGCUGAUCGGGAUCUGUGGCAGCUGAGGGCGGAGUUUUCUCGUCUGUCGUCCUCACUCCUCUCCAGCUGUGAUUCUAUCUCCUCCCUGAGGCUCAGCACUCCUUCUAUGAAACUUUUCUCCUCUGUGCCUCCUCUUCUUCUGCCCACUUGCCCCUCUCCUCGUUCCUCUUCUCCUCCUUUGUCCUGCACCCUGGUCCUCCCUCCUCUGGACUCCUCACCCUCCUCUCCUCCUCUCCUCACCUCUUCCACCCUGGGAACCUUCAGCUUACAAGAACAGGAGCACCACAAGGAGGAGACUAGCGGGGAAGAGCAUGAGCGAAGGGAGGAGAAGGACUGUGAGCUUUCAGAGUUGAAGAUUCUUCAUGAGUCAACAGUUUUACAACUGAAUGAACGGAUUGCAGAGCUGUCCUACUUGCGGCAGGCUGAGGACAGACACGUAGACGCAGAAAGAAGCCUGCAGUCCGUCAGUCUGGCUGUGCUCAAACUGUCUAGAGUCCUGAGCAGCAGCAGCAGAUCUCCAUGUGUCUCUUCAGACAGCGUCCUGAGUUUGGACCUGUCCUCCUUGCUGUCUGUCCUGUCUCACACUGAGAGUGCCCUGCAGUGGAAACACGAGGAGCUGCAGGUGGCAGAGUUAUCUCUGCGGCGACUUGGCGAGGAGAAAUCAGCUCUGCAACUCCAACUGAAACAGCUGGAGGAUGACCACCAGCAGCUACACACACAAAAACAACAUACACAGCUGGAGCUCACACACACACUGGACACACUGAGCAGGGAGCGUGAGCUGUCGUCCUGCCUGCGGCUGCAGGUGGAGGAGGUGCAGCAGAGGGAGGAGGAGAUCCGCAGAGAGAACGACAGACUGAGGAGGCAAAAAGACAGACAGGAGGAGAGAAACCGAGAGCUGGAGACACAGACACACAGACGAGUUGAAUCUGAACUGUUGGAGAACCUCCAGCUGACUGAGAGAGAAGCUCUGGGCCGCAGGGAGAUCCACAGUCUGAAGGGAGCAUUGGAGAGACAACAGCUGGACAGACAGAGAGCAGAAGAAGAGGCUGCUGAUGCCAGAGAUGCCCUUCAGAAGUCCAGGGAGUGUGUGUUGCAUCUCAUGUCCUCUGAGUGUGUGUUAAAGCGGGAUGUGGAGGAGGGGCAUGAUGCUCUGGACAAGAUGGCCGCCCUGAAUUUGGCUCUGUCCUCUGACAAAAGAGAUCUGAACAAACAGCUGCUGCAGCUGGAGACUGAGCUGUCAGACAGUCAAUCACAGUUGCAGGCUUUGAGGUCGGAAGUCAGCUCUCUGCAGAGAGAGGUCAAAACCCUCAACCUGGACUGCAGCCAGCUCAGAGUGCAGCGAGAGGCGGAGGCUGAUAUCAACUGUCAGCUCAGAGAUAGAGAGAGAGAGAUGGAGAGAGUCAUGGAGGAGAAGGAGAGAUUAUUGGUCUUGUUGAUGGAGCAGAGAGAGAGGGAUGGAGGCCAGCUGGAAGAGCUUACCUCCCAGCAGGCCUUAUUGUCAGGGGAGCUGAAGGAGGCGCAGGAGCAACUGCGGCAUAUGGCGGAGGAGGUGAGGAAGAGAGACAGACAGCAGGAGGAGCAGCAGAGGGAGAACAUGAGGCUGCAGGAUGAGACGGCCAGACUGCAGAGGCACAGGGAGCAGCUGGAGGAGGAGCUGCGGGAGCUCAGAUCUCUGUCGGUGUCUCUCCACCAGCAGCUCAGCCAGCAGCAGCAGCAGCUUUCACAGGUGGAGGUGGACAGUUGUCAGCUGCACACACACAUUCACACUCUGCAGCAGGCCAAACAAACCUUACAGGGGGAGAUCAUUUGUCUGAGAGGAGAACUGGAGGGAACACUGACUGGGAGAGACGACGAGAGGCAAAGGAGAAAGAAGAGCGAGGAGGAGACUGUGGCACUGAAGGAGGAGAGAGAGAGACUGAUGGAGGAGGUGGAGGAGCUGAGGAGGAAUAUGAUGCAAGAAGCAGAGGACAGGAGGGAGGAGAAGCAGGCCUGGCAGAGAGAGAGGGAGACUCUAAGUGAGGAGCUGGGGGCAAGGGAUGGAGACGUGGUGGUGUUGAGGAGCCGCAUAGAAGGACUGAUGGAGGAGAGGGAGGAGGGACAAAGAGAGGUGGCAAGACUAAUGGAAGAGGUGACAGGGAUGAAGGUGCAAAUCAGCUGCAUGAUGGACAAAUUGCAACGGGCAGAAGGAGAGAGGGAAAGACUGGAGCAGGAGGUAAAGAGGAGAGAGAUCAGUGGGAGGGAGGAGGAGGUACAGAGGCAAGAGGAGGUCGAAGCUCUCUGUGACAGGAUAGACAGACUAGAAAAACAAAAGGCAGAGAGGGAGGAGGAGAUGGAGCAAGUGAGCAGUGAAGCAAAAAAGGAGGUGGAGAGAUGGAGAAGGAGAGUGGAGGAGAUUCAGGAAAUGGAGGAAGAAAUUAACAGACUGAGAAAAGAAACGUCCACACUAAAGGAGGACAGAGAGAAGGAAAGGAGAGAGAAGGAAAGACUGCAAGAUGAAGAGGAGAAGAUGAGAAGAAGGGAGGAGGAAUUGCAGCAGCUGAGGGUUGAAGCAAGGGGAGCAGUGCAGCAAGUGGAGAGUUUGAAGGAGGUGCUGAAGGACAGUGUGGGGGAGGUGGAGCUACUGAGGUUGAGGCUAAACGUAGCGAGGGAGGAGUCUGAAGAAAUGAAGGAAGAGGUGAAGCGGAGGGAGCACAGCCUGGAGCGACAGAUUAGCACCGUGAGGGAAAGAGAGGAGGAGGUGGAGAAACUGAAGGAGUGGCUGAGACUGGCAAAGGAUCAGGAGGAGAAAGGAGUGAGGGAGAAUCAGGAGGUGAAUGACAAACUGAAGCAGAAGGAGGUGAGAGUGGAGCAGCUGGAGACACUGCUGACGGAAAGCCGGGCACUCCUGGAAGAAAAGAGAAGGGACGGAGGAGAAAAAGACAACAGGAUCUCCUCCCAGGCCAGGGAGCUGCAGGAAGCUCGAGCUGAGGCUGAAGGACUGAGGAAGAGAGCCACAGAGAAGAAGGAGGCCUGUGACAGGCUGAAGGAGGAAGUGGAGGAGUGGAGGGAGAAAGCAGAGAGGAGUGUGAAGGAGGCAGAAAAACUUAAUAAUAUACUGAAGGAGCAAGUGAAGGAAGCACAACAGUUGAGAGCCACUCUGGAGGAUAGGGAGGAGGAGGAGGGGAGAGAGAGGGAGGUGCUGAGGAGAAUGGAAGUAGAGAGAAGGAAGAGGCUAGAGGACAUAGAGAGGGAAGUGGAAGAGGAGCGAGAGGCACUGAGGAGAGCCAGGGAGGAGAGCGGGAGGUUUGAGGUCAGAUGUGAAGAAAUGGAAAAGGAGCUAAGGAGCGCAAAGGAGGACAAGAGGAGACUAGAGGACAGACUAAAGGAGACAGAGGAGGUGCUCAGGAGGGUGAAGGAAGAAAGGACGAGACUGGAUGAUGAACUGAUAGAGAAGGAGAAAGAAAUGGAAGAACAGAGGGAGGUGCUGAGGAAUAAAGAAGAGAAGGGGAGACUAGUAGAGGCUGAGAGAGGUCAACUGCUCCUGUUGGAGGAAAAACGGAGGUCCAGAGAGAGAGAGCUGGAGGAGGAGAAGUUAGGACUGUCUACAGAGCUGAAGAGGAGGGAAAGGGAGGUGACGGCUCUCAGAGAGGAGGUGAAAAGGGAACAAAGAGAGAAGAGGGAUGCACAAGAGGAACUUAUGAAGAGUAGAGAAAAAGUGACAGCUCUUAGAGGGGCAGUGCUGAUGGAGGAGAGGCAGAAGGAGGAGAUGAGAGAGAAGCUGAGGAGGAGCGAGAUGGAAGUAUCUGUACUGAGAGAGGAGGUAGAAAAGGAAGAAAAGGAGAAGGAGCAGGUACAAGAAAAAUUAAUAAACACAGAGAAGGAGGUGACUGCUAUCAGAGAAGAGGUGAUGGAGGAACUGAGGAGGAACAAAAUGGAAGUGUCUAUACUGAGAGAGGAGGUACAAAAGGAAGAAACGGAGAAGGAGGCAGCACAGGAAGAGCUGAUGAAUAUGAGAGAAGAAGUGACAGCUCUUAGAGGGGAGGUGCAGAUGGAGCAGAGGCAGAGGGAGGGGAUAAAAGAGGAGCUGAGCAGGACUAAGGACGAGCUGACCAUCAUCACAGAGAAGGUGCAAAAGGAAAACAAGGAGAAGGAGCAGGUACAACAGAAGUUAAUGAACACAGAGAAGGAGGUGACAACUCUCAGAGAGGAGGUGCAGACGCAGCAUAGGAGGAGGGUGGAGGCCCAGGAGGAGCUGAGAGGAGUGCAGCAGAGUGUGGAGGUGAUGGAGGUGAACCUGCACUCCCUGCAGACUCAGAUGUCUGGUCUGAGUCGCAGCAGGGAGCGAGUGAAGCAGGAGGUGCAGGAGAAGGAGGAUGAGAAUCAGCAGAUGAAGGAGGGUCUGAGGGCUGCACUGGAGGAAGUGACCCAGCUGAAACUCCUCCUGCAGGAGAGCCACACUGAGGGGGAGCAACUGUGGAGCACUCUGAAGGAGAAGGAGGAGCAGGCUGAGAGGUUCAGAGAGGAGAACCUGCAGAUUGUUAGGAAGGAGGUGGAGGAACUGAAAGCCAGAGCCAAGUCCCUGGAGAGGAGGAGAAGGGAGAUGAUGGUGGAGCUGGAAGAGGCUGGAAAGGAGAAGGAGAGGGCAGAAGAGCGGUGGAGGAGCAAGGUGGAAGAGAUGGAGGAGGAGAAGGAGAUGAAGCUGAAAUCUCUGUCAAGAGAAAUCAAGGCACUGAAGGAGAGACAGGAGGCCACAGAGAAUGAGUGGAGGUCCAGGGUGGAGGAGGUCAGGAGAGAGGUGCAGGGGAGCCAUGUCAGAGCUACGGCAGCUGUGUUGGAAGAGCAGAGAACAAAGAUCUCCUCAGUGAUCACUGAGAAAAAGGAGACAGGUGGAGAGGGACAAAAGAGGAGAGACCAUGGGACAGAUGACAAGGAGGGAGGAGGAGAAGAGCAGCAGGAGGAAAAGGAGAUCAGGAGGCUGCUGAUUCAAAGAGAAGCUGAGGUGUUCGCUCUGACUCAGAGGACACAGGAGCUGGAGAGAGACAGGAAUCGUGUCCAGCUGGCUCUGGAGCAAACUGAGGCAGCUAUGAUUGGCUACAGGGAAAGAGCCCACCAGCAGGAGCAGAGCCUGGGGGCGGAGUCUAACACAGACAAGGGUGUGGGGAGCAGACUGGUGGUGAUGCAGUGUAUGGUGGCUGAGCUGGAGCUGGAACAGAAACGACUAGACAAGAAAAACUCUCAUCUGGAAAAUCAGAAAGAAAAACUUAAGAGAGACAGAAACACACUGAGAGACACACUGAGACAGGUGGAGGAGGAGCGUUCAAGGUUUCGACAGCAGCUGAUUGACAGCAGCAGAUCUCAGGAGUGUGCUGACAGCACAGAAGAACUACUGCGCAGCAGAGUGAGAGAGCUGGAGGACCAGGUGAGUCAGCUUCGUCUCUCGUUGGCUGUGGAUCAGCAGCAGAGGGUGGAGUUUAUCCAGCAGUCCUCCAGGAACAGCCAAUUGCUGCUCUGUCUGAGACAUGACCUCACUGACUCUCUGGCUGCUGUCACACGCUGUCCAAUCCCGUCUAUCCUGGAAUCUGAGACACAGCGAUUGGACCGCAGCCUGAGGGAGGAAGAGCUUAGGAUGUCUCUCAGUCAAUCCUAACGCUGAAAA